AGCCAGCCAGCACGUGAGUGUGUGGGCUGGGACACCUCCCUCUCUGCUGGCUAAUUCUCUCUGGUUACUCGAGGGGGCUCAGAAUAGGAUGGGUGAUGGACCUGUGAGGGGAGGUGCCGUGGGCGUCGACACCAGUCUCCAUGGAGCCUUCACUCCCUACCCAAUGGGCGUGGAAUUCCUCCAGGCCGGGGAGGCUGCUCCACACUGCCCAGAGCACCAUGCACCCCAAUUCCAGCCUGGACACCAAAACCCGGGACGUGGCCUCGGAAUCCAUCGGGCUCCUCUUCAUGCUCUUGAUUGACCUGACGGCCAUUGUGGGCAACGUGGCCGUGAUGACCGUCAUCAUCAAGACACCAGCACUGAGGAAAUUUGUCUUUGUUUUCCACCUCUGUCUGGUGGACCUGCUGGCAGCCCUGACCCUCAUGCCGCUGGCCAUGCUGUCCAGCUCCGCCUUCUUCAACAGCACCAUGUUCAGCGAGGCCAUAUGCCGUGUCUACCUCUUCCUGAGCGUCUGCUUCAUCAGCAUGUGCAUCCUCUCCAUCUCGGCCAUCAACGUGGAGCGCUACUACUACGUGGUGCACCCGCUGCGCUACGAGGUCAAGAUGACCGUCGGCCUGGUGGCCUGCGUCCUGGUGGGGGUGUGGGUCAAGGCGGUGGUCAUGUCUGUCAUCCCUGUCCUGGGCUGGCUCUCCCCAGAGCGUCUCAGCGCGGCCCCGGCCUACAGCAGCCGGAGCUGCUCGCUGCAGUGGAGCCAGAGUUCCUACUGCAAGUUCUUCGUGGUUUUCUUUGCCCUCUUCUAUUUCCUCCUCCCCGCCCUGAUCAUCCUCGUGGUCUACUGCAGCAUGUUCAAGGUGGCCAGGGUGGCUGCCCUGCACCACGGCCCACUCCCCACCUGGAUGGAUACGCCGCGGCAACGGUCGGAGUCGCUCAGUAGCAGGUCCACCAUGGUGACCAGCUCCGGUGCCCCUCGGACAACCCCUCAGAGGACGUUUGGGGGGGGGAAGGCUGCUAUCAUUCUCCUAGCAGUCGGGGGGCAGUUCCUCUUCUGCUGGCUGCCCUACUUCUCCUUCCAGCUCUAUUCGGCUCUGGGCCCCCAGCCCUUCCCGGGCCGGCAAGUGGAGAGCAGCGUGGUCACCUGGAUUGGCUACUUUUGCUUCACUUCCAACCCUUUCUUCUAUGGGUACCUCAACCGGCAGAUUCGGGGGGAGCUCAGCAGGCACCCCAGCUGCUUCUUCAAGCAGCCGCCGGAGGAGGACCUCCGGCUGCCCAGCCGCGAAGGCUCCAUCGAGGAGAACUUCUUGCAGUUCCUGCAGGGGACAGGCUGCAACGCGGAGAACAGGAACGUUCUCGCUCCCCCCUCCCCCAAAAGGGAGCCGCCGGGCGUCGAUUUCCGAAUCCCCGGGCAGAUUGCAGAGGAGACCUCGGAAUUCCUCGACCAGCACCUCAUGGUCUCCGACAGCUACAUCCGGGCUGCGCCCACGCCCGAGCCGUAGCAGCCCUUGUCUCUGUGACGUGCGGAGAGAGGCAGUGCCCAGCUGUCGACAGGGCACGACUUCCUAAUAAACACACCCAGAGCGACUGACGCGUCCUCCCUCCACCUGAGCGCCCACGCUGACAAGCAGCUGCUUCUGGGGGCUGAGUCGCGGUGGCUGGCUAAGAUCAAUAUCGUAGCAUUUCUAUGUUGUGUCCCUUU